UGUGUAACGGCCCGGUUCCUGGCCCAUAAAAAUUUCCCAAAGAAUAUGGGCUUCUCUACGGCCCAUUUAGCAAAACCCUAGGGCUUCCCCUUCCCUUUACUAUAAAAAGAGAUGCAGUCUCCCUUUUUGCCUCAUCACAAAUCUGAAGCGAAGCUCUGCAGAGAAUUCCCGGAGGUCGAAAACCCUAGCCGUCGAGCUCUCUCUCCUUCUCUCCUGCGCCGUCUCUCUCUCCUCUCUCUCUCCCGCGCGUCGCUCUCUCUCUCUCCCGCGCGUCGCUCUCUCUCUCUCCUCGCCGUCGCACGCUCUCUCUCUCUCCCUCUCGCCGGCGCCGUGAAGUGGUGGUGCUGACCAGAUCUCAACCUUCUCAAAUCCUCGUUUCCAGAUCCAGAUCCAGAUCUAAGACUAAGGAUGUUUUCGCUUGACCAUUACGAGUGGAGGAUGCCGCGUAUGCACUACGGACGGAGGAACACCAGGGAGUAUGCCCAAAGGCGUCACUAUGACAGGGAGGGUAACUUGGUGCUACCCAUGUUUCCGGAUCCUGAAGAACAGUACAGGGAGUUCCCAUUCAGGUACCCGCACGAGCAGACUGUGAGGCAUAAGGUGUUGAUGCCUCAUUUCCAGAGGAUGGCUAUGGAGACACGCCUACUGCAGGGCAAUGCGAGGUUCCAGCUUGCAACCGAAGAGGGACCCCCGAGGAAGCGUGGCCGUCCCUGCAAGACGCCAAGUGCAGCAGGGGGAACCCCAAGGGCGUUCACCGGGAAGUGCCAGUGUGGAGUGCUGAGCAAGAAUGCUCAGGAGGACCGAUCAGUCGCUGGAUACACGGAGGACUUCAUCAACCAAGCCAAGCUGUGCAAACCGAAGAAUGCAGAGACGUGGUGCAUAUGGUAUAAGAACGGGCUACGCCAGGAGCUCCAGGCGCAGCUGAGGGGUGUUUUGGAGCCCUUGGAGUUCGCGUUAGUGAGGCGGAUGGCAGGUUUCGCCAUGGAGGCAGAAGAGAAGAUUGCAGCCGAUGAGGCCGCUCUCUCGAGCAUGGAAGGAGGAAACCCGGGUGGGGACGUCGAUGGCCAUGAGGUGCCGGUAGGGACACCCGCUAAGGGAAAGCGGGGGCGUCCGCGAAAACCACCUGCAGUAACAUGUGAUUGUGACGUACUGGUCCAGAUGGUUCAGAAGCCACGCAAGGUGAGAGAUUACCUGGAGGAGUUCUUGGAUACGGCCAAGAUGUGUCAACCGAAGCCAGCUGAGGAGUUGGUGUUCCUUCCCUUAUUUACGACAUUCUGUAUUGUGCAGAUGUGCUGGGUUUUCUUUUACAAACUAUUGUAGUCCUACUCCUUUUAUUAUUUAUGACAUUCCUUCGUUGGUUUUAAAGAUCCCAGUAGAGUUAUCGUGUCAUGUAUGCCUCCCUUGAUUGUUGUGUGAAUGUGUGAAUCCAUUUUGGUAACGAA